AUGAAGUUCUUUACUGUCCUUUUGUUUCUGUGUGCCAUGGCUGGAUACUCCUUUGCUACGGGAACAUCUUCAACAACUACAGAACAGGCCUUUACAACCGCUGCAGCGCCAGCCGCUGUCACCCCUGGACCAUGCGGAGGAAAUCAAAUUGGAGGACCUAGUGGCAAGAUUGUACGCAAUGCCAAAAAACUAUACUUCUUUUAUUAA